AUAAUAUUAUCUAGUAUUCUUGCUUUUCCAGCUCCAUUUCACCUCAUCUAGUUGCCACCACUGUAAAUUUCAUCCACAUCAUAGCCAAACGAUACCCAAAAUCCUAUCCACCAGCCAGAAAAAAACAUUCCUACAACCUAUAUAUAUAUUAUAAUCAAAUAUGUUGAGCCUGAAGGAUCUCAACCUGACCAAGGAGCAGAUGGAGAAGCUCCAGCAGCUGCUGAAGGAGCAGAUCAAGGAGGAUCAACAUCAGGAUGAUCGGGAUUCUAAGGAUCCCAAGGAACCAUCGAUGGGUGAGGCCAUCGCCAAGGCUUUGGAGAACAUCCAGGUCUAUGUGGAGGCCGGCAAGACGAAGGCCUUCGUUCAACUAAAGCCCCCGCAGCUGCACACGUUCGAGGUGACGCCGCAGGGAGUGGCCACCGGAUCCUCGGAGGCGGACAAAUUCAACCGGGCCGAGGGCACGGAGAUCGCUCGCUGGCAACGCGAGAGAUCGGUGAAGUUGGAUUUGAUCUCCAGCAAGGAGGCCGAGCAGUUUGGCAAGAUCCAAACCGACGAACGCACUGGGGAAACGUACAUGCUGGUGCCCAUGGAAAUAAACGUACUGGUCGAUGGAAAGACCCUAACGCCUGAGGUGGCCACCAAAAUGAUUGGCGAACAGGAUGCCUACAAGGAGGAGACGGCGGGACACACCUUCUACUUGUACCACCAACUGGAGGGGCAUCCCUGCAAGCUGCCGCAGGCUGCUCUCGACCAGAAUCCCCAGGCCAGCCAGGUGGAACCGGUUCCACCGGAGAAUCAGGUCAACUGGGACUACCAUUUGCACAACUUCGAGGUGCCCCGCCUUAUUUUUCCCUUUGAACUCAAGUUUGGCCCGGAUUCAGAAUCGGAUUCAGAUCGUUUGGCGGGCGGGGAAACGGAAACCGGUAAGAAAACAACGGAGGAGGACGAGGAUUCGGAACUGCAACUGGCUGAUUUCGAAGAUCUCCAGGAGUUGCUUGAGGACUUGGAGGAGGACUAAGCCCUCCAGCUCGAAGAAUGUUAUAACCAACAGAUAAUUGCAAC